CAACCCUUUUGCAUUAGCAUUAGCAGUCUCUCAACUGGAUGUAGUUGUUGGCAACAAGGCUCGUUAUCUUGUACCUUCUUGGUUGAUAUAUUUAAAUGAAUCGCUACGUUUCCGGAACAAGUUGAAUUUUUCAGGCGACAGCCGACGUUUUUUAUGGUGCUGCUGUCAUGGGGGAGGUGGAGCUGUCAUGUCGGGCCUACGUUAAGAUGUACCUCCACGCCUGCCUAUUUCCCCGUUGUAGCGUCAACGGGCUGCUGUUGUCUUCCAGCUCGGCAGGGGGCGCGGUCUGCGUGACUGACUGCGUGCCGCUGCUGCACUCGCACCUAUCCCUGGCACCUGUCACUCAGCUGGCACUCACACAAGUGGACGUGUGGUGCUCGCAGACGCAGCAAAGGAUUGUGGGAUACUACCAAGCCAAUGCCUGCGCGUCAGACUGCAGCCCAACACAAGCAGCCAUGAAGAUCGCCGACAAGAUUGCAGAGCAGUUUGACGGCGCCGUUGUACUCAUGCUGGACGGGAGCAAAAUGUCUCCUGACUACCGGGUUCCUCCCAUCGUCAUGUAUGAACGCAAAGACUCGAGAUGGAUGCUGAAAGACAAGCACACGAUCAUGCUGAGGCAGUGGGAGGAGACGCAUGGGAUUGCCAUCCAGAUGUUGGAGUCCGGCGACCACUCGCUCUUGGUGGAUUUCGACAGCCACCUGGAUGACAUCACCAGAGACUGGACCAAUCAGAAGUUGAACGCCAAAAUCGCUGAGCUGGCCUCGCCAGCCAAUGGUAAUAUCUAGAAGCAAGGGAGAAGUCCUUCAAGUAAUUCAUGAACUUUUUUUCCUGUUACCGGGAGGGAUAAUAACAAGAAUGCUGUUGAAAACUUUUAUUCUUCAUCAAGUUGUUUCACGAACACAACAGAACAAAUGACAAGAGCAGUAUGUGUGCCAACCCUUGUUUUUGUCCCGAGGAAUGUCGUUUUGACUUCAAGGACAUGUAAACACGCCACAAGAAGACUCCACUUCACAUUCCAUCCACUUGGACUUUUUCCGUUUAUGCUGACAUGAAAUGACCCUAACCUAUCAGUGAGUGUGUUUAAUAAUAAUAA